AUGGCCGACGCCGCAACCGCAACACCCUCCGCCCCCGUCGCAAGCACACCAGCAAAUAGCGGGCCAGCAGGGACAGGGUCCGGAGCAGGAGACAGCACGCCGCAAAACACCACACAAGUCCCAAACCAAAACCAAAUUAACACCGCAGCCCCAUCAACACCAAGCGCCGCAAACUCCGCCGCCGUAACCUCCAACGCGAACAACACCAGCACCAACACCACCACGAACAACGAAAACCAGCCCCCAGCAGGCGCAGACAACCGCGCAAACCGCGGCCUCCCCUACUACGAGAAACUCCGCCGCGAGCUGCGCGACACCCUCCAGAAGAAGAGACUCAUGGACAAGAGCAUGGCGCAGCUCGAAGACCAGAUCUUCCGCUUCGAGCAAUCGUACCUCGAGGAAACGACGGCGGGGAAUAUUAUCAAGGGCUUUGACACGUAUAUCAAGGGCUCAGGCGGGGGGUCGAGUCUCAGCGCGAGCGGGAUUUCGCUCUCCACGGGCGCGGGCACGGCGAGUAGACGGAAGAGUGCGGUUACGGAUAACGAUCGCGUGUUUUCGAGGAGUUCGGCGAGUUUUAUGCGGGUAUGUUUUCCACUAACUGCUGAAUCGCCCACAUAG